UCUGAGCCCUUUUCGUGCCCAAGGGGUUUAAUUUGCUGAUUCCCAAAACUUCUCCAGAUAUUCCUCUCACCGUCUCUCUGCUUCGUUCUAGGGUUCCAAGUUCACUUAUUAAUUAUUUGGAUUGUCCGUUUUCUAUUAAGGCUUCACGUCAAUUCGUAAUGGAAGGAAAUAGAGGAAACUUGGAGACGGAAAUAGAUAAGCUGUUGAAUGUAGAGAAACAGAUGAGGUUGGCCGGUGAUGUGGCCGGCACCAGGAAGGCAGUCACUGAAAUUCUGCAGCUCUGUUUUGAAGCUAAGGACUGGAAACUACUGAAUGAACAGAUUGUUAACCUGUCGAAAAAAAGAGGCCAACUUAAGCAGGCUGUAACUGCGAUGGUCCAACAAGCAAUGCAAUACAUUGAUGAGACUCCAGAUAUUGAAACUCGGAUAGAGCUUAUCAAAACACUAAACAAUGUGUCUGCUGGCAAGAUAUACGUUGAAAUUGAGAGAGCACGGUUGAUCAAGAAACUUGCUAAGAUUAAGGAAGAACAAGGCCUUAUAGCUGAGGCUGCAGAUCUGAUGCAAGAAGUUGCGGUUGAAACAUUUGGUGCUAUGGCAAAAACUGAGAAAAUUGCAUUCAUACUUGAACAAGUGCGAUUAUGCCUGGAUCGCCAAGAUUAUGUCCGUGCGCAGAUCCUGUCAAGAAAGAUCAGUCCAAGAGUUUUUGAUGCUGACACUACCAAAGAGAAGAAAAAACCCAAAGAAGGUGACAAUGUUGUUGAAGAGGCUCCUGCUGAUAUACCCUCAUUGUUGGAGUUAAAGCGGAUUUACUAUGAGCUUAUGAUACGGUAUUAUUCUCAUAACAGCGAUUACCUUGAAAUAUGCCGAUGCUAUAAGGCAAUUUAUGGGAUUCCAUCUGUGAAAGAAACUCCCGCACACUGGAUUCCAGUUCUGAGAAAAAUCUGUUGGUAUUUAGUGUUGUCACCACAUGAUCAUAUGCAGUCGAGCCUUUUGAAUUCAACUUUGGAGGAUAAGAAUCUUUCCGAAAUUCCACAUUUCAGGUUGCUGUUGAAACAGUUGGUGACAAUGGAGGUCAUCCAAUGGACAUCACUUUGGACUGCAUAUAGAGAUGAGUUUGAGAAUGAGAAGAACAUGCUUGGAGGCUCCUUGGUUGACAAAGCUGCAGAGGAUCUGAGACAAAGGAUAAUUGAACAUAAUAUCCUUGUUGUUUCCAAGUAUUACGCAAGGAUUACCUUGAAGAGACUUGCUGAAUUGCUGUGCCUUAGCAUCCAGGAAACUGAGAAACAUCUUUCGGAUAUGGUUGUCUCCAAAGCACUGGUUGCAAAGAUUGAUCGGCCAAUGGGAAUAGUCUGUUUCCAAGUUGCUAAGGAUAGCAAUGACAUCCUCAACUCGUGGUCAAUGAACUUGGAGAAACUCCUUGACCUUGUUGAGAAGAGUUGCCAUCAAAUACACAAGGAAACCAUGGUCCACAAAGCUGCUUUAAAAGUUUGAGAAAGGAUGCCUUCAUCGCUAAUGGCAGGUUGAACUCUCAUCUUUCCCACUGGUCUUCUCCGUACUGCUCAUGUCCAAUGAUUAUAUUAUUGUAGAGGGGGGCCAAAGGCAGAAGUCAAGUGUCCAUUUGAUGACUGUACUUUUGUUCUUUGAUCUUUUCAGGUUCCGUUCAAGUUGAAACUUUCUAUGAGUAUUAGCAGGAUCAUUCAAAUAUUUGCUUAUUGAGAUGUUCAGGCAUGUGUUUGUCAGGUUCUUUUCCAAAUAGAAUUUCCUUAAUCUUAUUAGUGAUGAGAGGUAGAUAAUUUCAAUGGGGUUGCUAGAACUGAUAUUAAGAUCUACUGGAAUAUAACACAGACUAUGGCGGGAA